GAGCUCUACUUCGUGGACCGCUUGUUUCCCAACACCCGAUAUUUGUUUCGUUUCGCCGCAGAAAACAUCGUCGGAAUCGGCGACUUCAGUGCCGAGCGUUUGGUCGCGACGGCGCGCGAGACGCGACCCGAGAGACCGCGGUUCGCGAAUCUGCCGCUAGACGGCGACAAACGCGUGGUCUCUCCGUUCGGGUCGCAGAUGGCCGUCACGUGGACUCUGCCGCCGGACAACGGGCGGCGCAUUCAGUAUUUCGAGCUCAAGUGGUGGCGCGUCGUUCCCACGCGCGACGCCUACGAGGACGUGUCUGACGUCACGACGGCCACCGUCUCCAUGACGUCAGAGUCCAUGACGUCACACACGCUCAAGCAGUUGCGGCCCAACACUUACUAUCGGCUCGAAUUGCGCGCUUACAAUGAACUCGGCUUCUCCGACAGCGAAAACCUCGUGUUCAAGACUUCCGACGACACAAACGACGACCCGAGAGACGACACGACGACCGCAGCGCCGUCGCUCUCCGUCGGCCUCAUCGCCGGCGUCUCUCUCGCGCUGAUCAUCCUAUUGUUGGUCGCAAUGGACGUCGUUUUCUACGUGCGCUACAAAGUGGGCGCCAUUCACUUCAUCACACAUCACGUGACGUCCACGACGACAGCGACGCCCGCGACGUCGGCCAAGACGACCAUCAGCCAUUCGUCGAUGACUUCACGCGCCGUGCAUUGUGUGGAAAACCCCGCCUUCGAGUUGAGUCGCGAUUCUCUUACUAUUAAUACUAACACCUGUUGUCUCCCUCUAGCGGUCAGAGCGCGCUCUUCGAGCCAUUCAUCGGACGAUCGAAAGACAAACCAGUUGCAACACGUCGGACGUCGCGUGCGCUCGCAGAAUGUGGAUCUCGGACUCGAGCUCUUUGAUGCGUUCCUUCAAGACGUCCACUUCUUCGCGCACAGCGAACAUGAGGUGACUCUUCACGAGAUCCAUCGCCUGUUCGAUCUUAUUGUCGAUCGCUCUGAAAGACAAACGCAUUCCAUCACAAUCUCACCCUUGAAGCGGUGUCUUUGCGAACUCUGGGAUCCGUUUGCGAUGACAUUCUCUUUGUUGGAAUUCGUGGCCAAAUCUUCGCCGAAAUCCGAUUCAAUAUUUGUCGCGAUAUUUGUCUCCAUUGACGAGCCGUUCAUGAAUUACGUAAUUUGGACGACAAGGAAACGACUUCUCGUCCGACAGCAAGACGUCCGCGAAGACCGACGGCUCAGAGAUCUGUUCACGAAUUGUGAAGACCGGCGUCAACUGUUGGUGCACUUCGAGCGCUGGAGCUCGCGUUACGACCAAUGGUUUGAUUUGGAUUCGGAUCUGAUUCGCGAGAAGAGCGACGCCAACGACGGCAACGGCGUCAACGACGACAGCGCGCGCUUCGAAGUGCACGAAGAGGUGUUGGCGCGUUGGACGGACAACAGGCCAUAUCCGGCCACAAUUGUGGAGCGCUUCGACGCGCAGAAGACUGUUUUGGUGCUCUUCUACGACGGCUACCGAAAGCGCGUCAAAACGAGUCAAAUCGAGAAAAUGCCGCAAAACUAUUCGGGACUCAGAAUCCCGCAGACGAUGAACAAAGAGUUCCGCGUGAAGGACGACCACAACGACUAUAAGUGCCAUUUCCACGACUGCAACAAAGGCUUCCGCAAACAGAGUCUUUUGGCGCAACAUCUCAAGCAUUACCACAAAUCGGACGACAAACCAAAGAUCGAGACGACGUCUGCGACGACACCGACGCCCGUCGUCGCGACUCCGCCUCCCAUUACACCCAAACCCGCGGCCGUCAAACCGGUGCCGCCGAGUGUAGUCUCGAGUGACGUCCCGACGCCGCCGCCGACGACAACGACGACGUCUUCAAAGAGUCGAUUGAAGCGGAAAUAUGUGCGGAAAUCUAUGCCUUCGACAGCCGUUCGAAAAUCAAAUCGAAUCGAACAAAACGAGACAACAGUUUGUUCGCUGCCGACGACACCUGUCGUCGCGUCUAUCGUUCCGACGACAAGUGUCGUCAAAGAGACGCCAAUCGUCGUCAACACAACUCUCCCCUUUUGGGACGCGCGCACUGUCGCCGAGAUCCACGAGAACGACGACAUCGAGGAAUUGGUUCACUGCGUGUGUGACGCGCGCGAAGAGUCGGGAUUAAUGGUUCAGUGCGAGCUCUGUCUCACGUGGCAACACGCGCAUUGCAUGCAUUUCGACGGCGAAUCCGAAGUUCCGUCCGAAGGAUACUUCUGCUUUUCGUGUCGUUUUCCGAAAUAUAUUCGUUUUUCGCGAAGAAAUUGCUUUUUAAUCAAUCAUUGGUUGAAAACGUGUAAAAAACCCAAAUUCGAGUUCUCUUCGCGCGAAACCGAUAAACAGCGCCAUCUGUUGUCCGCAACUCACGCGCUAUUGAGCGCCGCUUUGGACGCGAAGGACGUGUUGCGCACUCUCGACGCUCCACGUCAAGACGAACGACGCGAUCACGUGAGACAUCUGUUGGAAAGCGUGUCGUCCAAAGUGUCGCUUCUGGAGAAAGAGUGCGACGACGAAGAAGACGACGGAAACGACACUCGCGACGACGCGGAACUCAAGAAUCAGUUGUUUCUGGCUUUCGAAGACUUGGAGCGCGCGAAGAAUGUCUCUUUCUCUUUGUCGUCGUCGUCGGUGGCGUCGCGUCCGCACUGCGCCGACGCGGUGUGGGCACAGGUGUCGUCGCCGGUCGUCUCGUGUCUACUUUUGGCGCGAUUUGCUUCCAUUUGUUGGCAACUGUUUUGCGAGGCGUCGGCAAAGGCUUCGAUUCGAACAUUUUCUCUCGAUUCUGAGUCUGCGCUUCUGUUCGUCGUUCGCGACAAUGACUUGCGUCACGUGAACCGGAGAGUGAGUUCGCGAACACAAACGAUUCGAAAGUUUUCUCCAUUUUUCGCGAUUUUGCGAAAAAAGAAUUCAAACUUUUGGCGCGAAAAACGAGUUCUUUUGGCAAAAGACGACAAAAAGACGUCGAGUGACGACAACUGUCUCUCACUACGCGAAGGACGACACUUACGGCUCUUUCAGCGCAAACACGUGGUCGUAGUUGUCGAUGAGAUAUUCGGUGAGAACCGCUUGAAUGCCGAUCACCUGAAGAGCGGCCAAAUCCGCGCCCAACCGGUUCUCCAGGUCGCGACUGCGCAGAAGGUUCGGCGCCCACACGAUGGCCAGAUUCUUGGCAUUCAUUCCCGUUUUCGGCCACUCUUUCGACACGAGAUUCAAGUGCCUGACGAGCGCUGCGAGAGUGUUCACAGAGAUCUGUUCCGAACACGAGUGUCGUCGUCGGUGUCGUCGGAGGCGUCGCUUCGCUCUGAAUGCGGUUUUGCCGCCAUUUGUGAAAGAAUGCGGAAAUUCUGGAAUCCUUUUUCUUGCGGAAACUCGUGUGUCGUCGCCAGUCGUCGUCUUCGCUGUCGUCCUGUCGUCCGCCACAUGUCGUCAACAAUGAGAAGGACUCCAACGAAUUGGAGAUCCGUUGCACGCAAUCUGAGGGCAAGAACCCGACCUAAGGGUCACCCUUUCUUGCCCUUCGACCAGAAGCGCGCGCUCCCGUCGACCACGGAGUCGAACUCGAUGAUGGAGACCAAGUCGCCGAUCUCCAGACACUCGAGCACUUGGAACUCGAGGUCACGUGACGUCGUGUCGUGCUAUGACGUCAUCACUUACCCCAUCUACCUAUUGGUGCAGAAGCCGUGGAUCCGUCUCAAAGAGUCCUCGCGACCCAAAGCGCGCCCUCUGGACCCGCGCUCGCCGUACAGCGCGUGGACCCGCGUGUCGGCGCAGUCGCCCACCGAAGGCCACUUCAUCGAGGAGUGCCGAACGGUGGACGAGCUCUUCUCGCGCGCCGUCCAGCAGUUCGGCGACAAACAGUGCUUCGGGUCGCGCGACGUCUUGAGCGAAGAGUUGGAGAAACAGAAGGACGGCAAGGAGUUCCGCAAACUCCUGCUCAGCGACUACCACUUCCACUCCUACCGCCAGAUCGACCGACGAGUGGACGCCGUGUGCCGCGGCUUCCUCGCGCUCGGAGUGCGGCCGCGCAAUAAUGUGGUCAUCUUCGCCGAGACGCGCCUCGAGUGGAUGCUGAGUGCGCAGGCGCUGUUCCGGUUGGGCGCCACAGUCGUGACGCUGUACGCGACGCUGGGCGACGACGCCGUCGUGCACGGCAUCAACGAGACGGAAGUGACCAUCGUGGUCACCAACUACGACCUGUUGUCCAAACUGUCACGUGUUCACAACCGCCUGCCGCACGUCAAGACCGUGGUGUGGAUGGAAGGCGCGCGCCGCCCCGACGCGCUCACCGCCUUCCCCGCGUCCGUUCGCUUGGAAGCGUUCUCUGCGGUGGAGGCGUUGGGCGAACGCAGUCCUGACCUGCGGGGCGAGAAGGCGCGCGCGGAAGACACGGCUGUGUUGAUGUACACGUCGGGGUCGACGGGAAUCCCGAAAGCCGUGCAAAUCACUCACAAGAACAUCCUGCACGCCAUCCGCGCCUUCUUCACCAUCGCGCACGCGCUCUCACCCCAAGACGUGUACCUCGGCUACCUGCCCCUCGCGCACGUGUUGGAGUUGGCGGCGGAGCUGUUCUUCUUCUCGGUGGGCAUGACUGUGGGCUUCGGCACUCCGCUCACGCUCACCGACAAGUCGACGGGCAUUAAGAAAGGCGUGAAGGGCGACGCGACGCUCUUGAGGCCGACCGUCAUGACUGCGGUGCCGCUCAUUCUGGACAGGAUCAGGAAAGGCAUCCGCGAGCAGGUGGACAGCAGCGGUCGCUUCUCGCGCGCGUUUUUCGACUUCACGAUUGAAUACAAGAAGUUUUGGACGCAAAAAGGCUUCAAAACAGUGAGUGAUGGAUCACGUGACCUUCCAAUCAUCGACUUCCUCGUGUGCCGCAAGAUCAGCGCUCUUCUGGGCGGCAGAGUUCGCCUUCUGGCCGUUGGGAGCGCUCCGCUCGCGCCCGAGACGCACGAGUUCAUCCGCACGUGUCUCAACGUGUCUCUCCUUCAAGGCUACGGAUUGACGGAAACGACGGCUUCGGCCACUUUGAUGGAGUUGAACGACCUCUCUGUGGGCCGCGUGGGGCCGCCGCUAGAGGGCGUGCAGCUGAAGCUGGUGGACUGGCCGGAGGGCAACUACCGCGUGCAGGACCGGCCGCACCCGCGCGGCGAGAUCGUGUUGGGCGGCGACUCCAUCACCAAUGGCUACUACAAGAACGCGGAGUUGACGCGCGAGUCCUAUCGUCUGGAGGACGGCGUGCAGUGGUUCUACACGGGAGACAUCGGCGAGAUCCUGGAGGACGGCAGUGUGCGCAUCAUCGACAGGAAGAAGGAUCUCGUGAAGCUCCAGUUCGGCGAAUACAUCUCUCUCGGAAAGGUGGAGGCGGAGCUGAAGUCGUGUCCGUUCGUGGACAACAUCUGUUGCUAUGGCAACUCGUUCCACUCCUAUCUGAUCGCGCUCAUCGUUCCCAACGAGAAGCAAAUCCGACUUUUGGCGCAAAAACUGGACAAAAACGCGCUUUCCUUCCGCGAGCUGUGCGCAGACGCAGAGGUCGCGCGCCACGUGUUCGCCGCCGUCGACGCGUUCGGCCGGAAGUCGCGGCUCCUGAAGAACGAGAUGCCGUCGAAGAUAAGGUUGUGCGCGGAGGAGUGGCUGCCGGACUCUGGUUUGGUGACGGCGGCGCUGAAACUGCGGCGGAAGAACAUUCAGGACUUCUAUCAACAGGACAUCAAUCUUCUCUACAAAUUGGACUCAAAUAUUUGCGUUGACUCUGCGCUGACUAUUUGCGUUGACUCUGCGCUGACGUCAUCAUUCCAACUGCUGCUGAUUAGCGAAGUCCACCUCUGCGAGAGAGAAACAGCCAAUCAGAGGUGCGAACGCAACUUCAAAAUACUCACUCCCGAUGUUCGGCGUUUGGCCUGCGGGGGCGGGGAGCGCGACUCGUGGCUGCGUUUGCGGCCGACGUUGGGUUUGGGCUGGAAGGCGGCUUUGAAGGGCUGUUGCGGGGGCGGAGCUCUCUGCGCGAAGAACUGCUGGUUGAAGGGCGGCGCGAAGGGGAGGGGUUGGAGCUGCUGCUCCUGCUGGAAGAGCGCCGAGUCGGUGGUCCACUGGAGGUCGCGGUUGCGUCUGCGCACGCCGUCUUCGUUCAGCACUUUCUUCAACUGCGAGAACAGAAUGUGUUUCUGUUGUUUCAGUUCUGAAAUGAGAACACAAUUAGUCGCUCUCUCCCCCUCUCGACCGCCACUCACUCUCCACUUUGGACUCGAGCUUCUCGAACUCGAGCCGAAUCUCUUUCAAAGACAUUUUCAUUUCGACGCGUUUCCGCUCUUCCGCGCGCUUCCGCUCCUCCAACGAGAUCGA